AUAGAGAGACUGGGCACACAAUGCGUGUGAGAGAGUGAGAGAGUGUGUGAGUGAGUGAGAGAGCGACAGAGAGACAUGGCAAAAAUGUAUCUUUGAAUUACACUUCAUCUGAACACCCUAUUGAAAAGAAAAAUGAUACGAUCCGUUCUCUGGAUAUUACUCUUUCUCGAAAGUGAUCUGAUUGAUGCUGUAAAUGUGAUGGGAAAAGAGGGAAUGAAAGUAACUUUACCGACUGGACUUACUGAACUACCUAGUGGCAUAGUUAUAUCAUGGUCUUUCACUUUGAGUCAUUCAGAUUCAUUUGAUAACAUAGCUCUGCUGAAUGCUGGUGUGAUUAAAACGGACUACAGUAGGAAGUUCAAAGACAGACUGAAGCUGGAUACUCAGACUGGAUCUCUCACCAUCACAAACCUCACCAUCAACGACUCUGGACAUUAUAAAAUAGUUAUCAUCAAUACAGGGACUACAUCGAAGAUUGCAAAUCUAACUGUCUAUGCCUCAGUGUCUGCUCCUCACAUCAGUCACUCAGUGGACAGUCCAUUUGAAAAAGUGAGCUGUUCAUUGGUGUGCACUGUGAAGAACGGGAGAGAGGUGAUCUUGUCCUGGUACAGAGGAGAAGAGAUAUUCAACCAGACCAGCAGCCCUGAUCUUCUCGCCAAUCUCUCUCUCCCUCUGGAGUUAAACAAAAGAAAUGUUGACACCUACAGCUGUGAGGCUUCCAACCCUGCUGACUCAAAACCAACUCCACUCAACAUUGAAAUUCUCUGCCCUCAAUUGUCCACACGCUCUGCCCUCACAGAGUCUGGUCCCAAUCCUGUCGCAAUCGUACUGGUCACAUUGUUAGCAGUUGGGAUAAUACGUGGUGGUAUAUUCUGGGCAAUUAAAAUAAGAAAAUGUGGAGCCGGCAAGCAAAGAGAAGAAGACCAACAUUAUGCUGAAGUGAAAUUUCAUACAUUGGUUGGGUAUAUACUGGUAUCUGGCACCGGAGGAGUCUGUUCACCAGAAGAGUCUGUUUUAUACUCAGAUGUCAGAAUCUUACCUUCUGUUCAGACAGGACUAGAUUCAAUCACUCCUCUCUCAAAGCUUUCUCUGUGCUUCCCAGCAAACAAUGUUGUUUCCAAACCUCAGGUGACAGAGUGUGACAGCAGCUCCUGUAGUGUGGUGUGUUCUGUGGACAACAAAAAAGAGGUGACCUUGACCUUGUACAGGGGAGAGGAAAUACUAAACCAGACCAGCAGUCCUGACCUCACCACUGAUCUAUCUCUCCGUUUGGAGGUAGAGGGAAAGAACUACAACUCCACCUACAGCUGUGUGGCUGCUAACCCUGUCAGCAAGGAGACAGUUCUUGUCCCAAAAUGUUGCAGUGAAGAUGGUCAUCCCAAGGAGACAGACAGUGAUGGGAUGACUCGGGGUAUGCUUAUUAUUGCUGUAAUCUGCGUUUUGGUUGCCUCAGGGCUGGUUGGACUUGCAAUCAAUCUAAAGCAGAGGGGAAAUGAACACUCACAAGGCAGGUAUUCAUCUUUUAGAGGUCUGAGGUCAGUCAAAACAUGUCAUAAUCUGCCUUUUUUUUAUUAUCAAGAAAAGUAAUUUGGUAAAAAGUAGGAACUGUUUACUUGAACACAGGAUGCAGGUCAAAUAAAGUGUCACAAUUCCUCUGCUUAGUCAGACAGUAUUAUUAUCAUCUCAGACCUUCCUGAUACACCUCUCUAAAUGUUGAAAAAGCAGCUGGCACCCACACAAACACGCUCUGAAAAUCAUUACUUUAAAGAUUGGCUUCUAUGGUGCCACAAAUACCGCUAGCAGAGAGACAGGUACCCAUCGUAAACAGUAGUCCUGAGGGUUUACAGAACCUGUCCAGGAGAUGAGCGUCUGUAUGUCUCUGUCAGUUAGUCACACCCCCGCCAUAUAUUUAAUUGACUUUAUUUGUCUUCAUAGAUUCAUCCGAAAGAGUGCAAGUUGACAUUGAGUAUGCAACGAUUACUUACAUAAAACAAACAGGUAACCAGGUUAGUAAUAAUGCUACAGGCUGAUAGACAAUAAACCAGCUAUUGCAGCCAUCAUGGCUACAACUGUAAGGUUUAGCACUAUGCAAGCAUCUUCUAUCUGUAUGCCUGAAAGACUGAAUAAUCCUGUCAUAUUGUCCAAGGCGAUUUUAUUAAGUCUUGAGUUGCACAUCCCACCUGAGUUUGAUACCCGGCCUGAUGUCAUUGCAACCAGUUUUGCCCAUAUGAUAUGGUUGGGUUGCACAAUGAGAAGCCACUCAGCACAUAUGGUAUACAGUAAUGCCUUUUAUCUUCACAUUGUCUUUUAGAGUAUGUGCAAAAAAGUCUGUGGACUUUUAAAGUUAGGCUUUGUGUUUCCUCCCACUAGUUUUAGGAAAGAUCCUACAUGUGUUGUGAUGACAGUUGAGUUACCAGCUGCAGAACAAUGAGUGUAGACAAGAGAGCGUCAGACGUGUCUUGCUUCCUUCCUCUGGUACGAAGUAUCUAAUAAUGAAACAUACUAUUAUUUUUUGUUGUUGGUGCUUUCCUGCCCUUCCCGUCUUUCCCUGUCCCUUAUUCCCUGUACCUCUCAUUCCUUCCUUCCCUCCCUACCUCCCUCUCCCUGCCUAGGAGGAGCGAAGAAGUAUACCAGAACUGGAGUCGCAUAGAGACAACCCUGAAAUGGCAUCAGUUUAUGAUACACUGCAGUUACAUCGCAUGGCUGACAGCAGGGAUGUUGACACAGCAUGAAGGAACAGAACUGGAAGUCACUGAGAAGCCAACAUGAUAACUCAUAAAGAGGACAUUUAACCAAAAUGAAAGUAAAAUAAUAAUCACCCAGAAAACCUUUUAGAGGCACAGUUGUUAUGGGAGAAAAAUCCCCUGGAACUGUUGCGCUGAUGUUAUAACUUCAGGCUUUCUUUGUAGGUCAUUCUCACAGACCUGUCAAAUAGAGGCCUCGCUGACAUCCACUGAUAAGGACCAAUUCAAUAACUAUUUAUUGAGUUAGUAGCAGGGUCAGGAUAAUCCUUCUUUUCAGCUGCCUUUUGUCCCAAAUCCCAAUGUAUAAGUUAAAACAAAUGGAACAUAUAUUUUAAUACUGGGCACAACUUUGGUUUUGGAAGUGGGAGGACAUAACUUUUUAUCCUGUCGGAUAAACACUCCAAACAACCUACCCGCCCACUCGGAGGCGUCCGUAUGGUCCUAAAGCACACCAUUGCCUCGUUUUGUAUCACAUUCCAAUGAUAAAACUGGGGGGACAAAAAUGAUAUUUCAGAAUGUGGGGGGGACAUGUGGCACCCUUGGUGUUUGCUAUGCUACUGCUGGCCAAAGCUUCUUUUCAGUUAUGACUGUUUUGUUGUUUAAAUGUAGGUGCCUCCCCUGUAUCUUUUUAUAGCUGGUCAUUGUUUAGCUUGCCAGUGGAUAGCAGCUGUGUACAUAAUAGAAAAAAAGCAGGCGUUUGAGAUAAAGCCUCCUACUCCUUAGCAGCAAUGGCUGUUAGGCUCCUUUAGGUCCAUAGAUGUAAUAACAAAAGCUUUAAUAACAAAAGCUAUUAACAAUAGAUUUACUUUUUUUCUGUAGAUCUUGAUUUGCCAUUUGAUCUUGAGUGUUUUUAGACUCUUCUUAUCACUUUUCGCAAAAUUUUGUUCUGGCCUAACUUGUCUCUCUUAAUUAGCUUGUUUCAUUUAUUAUGAUGGAUCAUUUAUUUAGCUGAAAUAUGUAUAUCUGUCAUUCUUAUUGAAAGCAAGUCUAAGAAGUGGAACACAGGAGUGAUGGUUGCUGAUAAUUGGUAUUGGUAUUUCUGAUCAAUUUGAUGUUAUUUUAAUGGACAAAAAAAAUGUCAUUUUCUUUCAAAAACAAGGACAUGUCUAAGUGACCCCAAACUUUUUACUUGUAGUGCCGUAUAUAUAUAUAUAUAUUCCAGACUCUGACAUUACUUGUUCUGAUAUUUCUUAAUUCCAUUAUUUUUAUGUUGGGGAUUUGUGUGUAUUGUUAUAAUUAGGGGGUAGUUUUACAAUCAUGUUACACUGUAUGUACAAGUGGGUAACCUGUACAAGUGUGAGGUGUGAAAUGGAAAUGUGUUUUGUUGCAUAUCUCCCUCCCCCUGAGACACCCUCAGAGAGUGGGGUUUUGGCCAGGGAUCAGCCAAUACCCCUGGAGCAAUUAGGGUUAGAUGCCUUGCUCAUGGGCAGAAUGACAGAUUUGACCUUUCGUUUACUGGCCCAAUGCUCUAAACUGCCAGGUUAUGUGCUGCCCUAGUAUUACAGUAUUGCUCUUUUGGAGCUAGAAACAUUAGCAUUUCGCUGCACCUGCAAUAACAUCCGCAAAGUAUGUGUAUGUGACCAAUAACGUUUGAUUUGAUCAGCUUUUUGAUUAGGUGCACUACUCUCCAUGGAUUCAUUCCACAACCAUGCUGUUUUGAGACUUUCUACUUUUACAGUGUAGUUUCACACAGCAGCCAUCCCUUAUCUUUGCUAAGACUCCGCCAUCUGCAAGAGCCAAAUAAAUAUUUUACCAUAUCCUCAAAAGGUCCAAUUCUAUACAAUUAACACAACUUUAUUUGGCAUUUGCCCUACUCUGAAUCCCACAUUUGAAUACUUUCAAUGAAUCUAGUUUCAACAGGUUUUUGCUGCUUGUCACCUUGGCCGUGUGGUUGACGAUAUCAGUCAGAGAUGGUGUAUUUCUCCCUGCCCCCAUUAUCUAUCAUCUCUGUUUCUCUGCAGCCCCACCACAUCCUGUCUAGCUUAGAGACCCUAACUAGACGUCUGGUUAUUUUACCUACUUUAUUUCAAUGCACUUAUUGUAAGUCACUCUUGAUAAGAGUGCCUGCUAAAUUUAGGUGCAGGGGACUGAGAGCAUGGUUUGUGGUGUCAGAUCCCUUGCUUGAGAGAAGCUGUUCAGAGACAGAGGGAUUUACCACAUCUCCCCUAUUAGAAGAAUGACAGCGACUGACCCAUAUAGGCUACUGACAACAGAGAGAACAAAUAAGCGAUAACCACACGCUGACAUAGAUGGCGAUAGAGAAGUGUACAUGCACACUCACGCACACUAACACACGCACACACACAGACAAUAUGGGGUGUUGUGGUGUUGACUGAAUCCAAGUAUGUUGACACUCAUUAAUUUUUAUACAUUUAUUUGUGUAGUUUUACAUGAGCUAAAGCAACCAGGUUAACUUAUGAAGGGAAUGAGAGAGUCAGAGACCGGUACAGUUAUAUGCAAAUAUGAUAUUGAUGAUACAUUCAGCACUGUAUGUCUGAUUGUGGACGGGGUAAAUUAUUCAUUUAAACGCUAAAGCAGUUGAUGAGCUCUUUGCCAAGUCAAAUUUCAGCCCCCCUCACAGCUUGUUUAUCCCACCCACCCCUUCCAAGUAAAAUCUUCUAGCUUUCACCUGGCUGAGUUAGCCGAUGCAACACACCUACACAGAUCUCUGGUUACCCCACACAGGCCCCCAACCCUCCCACAAUCUGGCUGCUCUUCCAAAAUGUAUUCCUGAGGCAUAUGUCUGUGUUCAGUCACCUGCAGCCCAGCCUUUACCCUUGUGUGAUGUUCAUGUUUUUGUUAUUUUUUGUUAUUUUUUAAUAUAUAUAUAUAUUUUUUAUUUUACAUUUUAUUUAACUAGGCAAGUCAGUUAAGAACAAAUUCUUAUUUACAAUGACGGCCUAGGAACAGUAGGUUAACUGCCUUGUUCAGGGGCAGAACGACAGAUUUUUACCUUGUCAGCUCGGGGAUUCGAUCGAGCAACCUUUCGGUUACCGGCCCAACGUUCGCGGGUCUGAUGGACCCACGACAUUAUUGGGUUUGUAAAACAAUACAGCCAUAACAAUUUAUGUAAAAAUGCUUAAUACUUAAUAAUUAGAUGUUGACUUAUAUCAAUUACAAGCAAUAUAGACAGCAUACAUUGUUAAUAUUUGUCACAGUAUCCACAGAAGGUGGCGCCCCUCCUCGGUCGGGCGGCGCUCGGCGGUCGUUGUCGCCGGCCUACUAGCUGCCACCGAUCCAUGUUUCUGUGUCUUUUGGUUUUGUCUGUCUGUUCCGCACCUGUUUCUUGUCUGUCAUUAGUGGGGUGGUAUUUAGUGUGUCUUUUCAGUUCAGGAUUUCGUGCGGGAUUGUUUGAUGUCAUUUCAGGAUAGACGUUAGUGAGCACUGCUCCCUAUUUUCUAUUAUUGACCGGGCUGCGCCCCGUGCGUCAUUUGUUUUGGGAACGUGUUUCCCUUUUUGAUUAUUGUGUGCGCCCUGUGCCUUUCGGCUUCUUGUGUUUUCCGGAUUAUUAUUAAAUACUACGAUCUACCGGACCUCUGUCUCCCGCAAUUGACUCUGCCUUUCUACUGAUCC